CAGUCCCUCAAAAAAACACAUUAUUUUGGUGCGUGUAUUUGACGCUGAUUAAAUUAAAUUUGCCGUCAAAUCAAUCGGCCGGAAAACAUGUCAGGUGUGAACAACAAUGAAGAAGAGAAGAAGCCCGGCACCGGCGAUCAAGGCGGCGUUCAUAUUAAUUUGAAAGUCAAAGGCCAGGAUGGUAAUGAAGUGUUCUUCAGGAUCAAAAGGAGCACACAACUGAAGAAGCUUAUGAAUGCAUACUGUGACCGACAAUCUGUCGAGCUUAAUUCUAUUGCUUUCUUGUUUGAUGGCCGUCGUCUUCGAGGGGAGCAGACUCCUGAUGAGCUUGAAAUGGAAGAAGGUGAUGAGAUAGAUGCAAUGCUGCACCAAACUGGAGGCAACUCUGGCGACUUCUGGAUGUAGAAUACUCUAUGCUUCAGGGUAUGUGCUGUAGAAAUGUCGGCUGAACUUUGCUGAAGCUGGUUGUUAUCUAUGUUUGACUAUUGAUGUUGAGGUUUGAGAAUCUGUUAAAACUUCACAUAGGAUUCAAUCACCUUAAGCUGUCUUAUGUUAAUACAGUAUAUGCUAUCUUGUUUGAAGUAUUUUUAUGGUAAGAAACCAGUGAAUCUACAGAUUUGUGCUGGUAUUAGUUGCGGUUUUCUUUUAAA